CAUCAAAUCGAAAAUCCUGUACACAAUGCUUCGACUAUGGCUAUUGCUACUAGUACUUUUUGUGCCUCUGCUACGGCGGGUCAACUCGCACGAAGAGUCGGGUGAAUGGAGCUGCGAGUCCGACUCAGGCAUCCGAAUCCAGGCCCAGUUUGGGCCCGGCCUUAUCACCCUCGACGGUCACGCCGACGAUUGGAAGGACAUGGAUGGGUCCGAGUUCUCUCUUCUCCCUGCUCUUGAUCCAGAUGCUGAAAACGAAUACGCAGCUGGAAAGAUGACCCUCAAGGCUUUGCAUGAUGGCCGUGAUGUCUUCUUUAUGGUUCAAGUUGAUGGGGAUUACGCUUACUCAAAAGGUGAGAAUAACAAAUGCCCAUCUGUUGCCCUCAUGUUUCAAAUUGGUGAAGCUGCAACUUAUCAUAAUAUGGGCGGCUGUAAGGAAGGAGUUGACUCUUGCACAAACAAGACUUGCAAAACCCAUGAAGUUGACAUUAUGCACUUCUCUAUUGGAAAUGCAAUUCCUGGACGUCUCUAUGGUGGCAACCCAAUGGACAACAGGGAUGGAAAUGGAGGUGACAGGUUUGGUCAUUUGGUUGAUCUUUAUGCUUGGAACCCACACUGUAGAUACCUAGAUGGAAUUAGCUCUUCAGCAAAUGAUUCUAGUGCGCAAAAUGAUUGGAAAGGCGCUUGGUGGCACAGUAGCUUGAAUGUUCACUCAGGUUUUGUGGAAGAAGAUAGUCCUUAUGCAUCAGAUGGUCAGAAGGGUACAUUUUAUUUUGAAUUCUCUAGGCCUUUGAGAACUAUGGAUCGCCUCCAGCAGGAUGCUCAAUUCACAAUUGGUGGAUCAAGUAAGAUGUCAGUUGCAUUCUGGUAUCCUGUUGAUGGAAAACCAUGGCAUGGGUCUGGACACUAUUCUGUUAGCUGUGACUGGGUUCCCUUGGAUAUAUCUUUGAAAACCUCAAUGCUAACAAAGGUGAGACAAGGAAGUUCAGUCAGUGCUGCUAGUGUUUUUGCCCUUUUGCUAUCUGUAAUCUCAUUAUGUGCUUCUGUCUUUAUUGGGUAUUGGGUUGUCAGACCCAAAACUAUCCCCUUCACACCCAUGGAAAAUCUUUAAGAUAUCUGGUUAGGUGUGGAAUCAAACUGUUAACUGGGAUUAGUAUUAUUUUCUGGUGAAAGAUUGUUCUUAUUUUUCGGUGAAAGAGAUUUUAUUUCUUAAUCUGUACUGCAUGUCAUUUAUUUAUUUAUUAUUUUUAGUGAAAUUUCAAUUGUCAUAUUACUUUAAC